CUCGAGUCCAAAAGGCAGAAUCCUGUUCUCCAUAAAGAAGUAAUGGCUUCCCUCUGUAAAUGAAGACAUAAUACCGCCAAGCAACCCGCAAUAUUAAUUUCUCGGCCUCGACAUUCUCCCAGAAGAACAAGAACCUCAAAGUCCCAGCGAGACUCUAGGCCAAUUUCGGACUUCGGUAUCGUGGAACUUUCUAAAAGUACCGAUAAGGAACUUUGGUUCCGAAAUGCCGCAAGCAAAAUCCUUUCCAUGUCGCCGUAAGCUUGACAGGUUUCGAAACACGGCAUUCCUUUCCGAUACGGCACGGCUCUCGAUCGUCGGAGUCUCAUCCCUAACCAACCACCCCUCUAGACAUUUUUCUUCGUCUGAUAAAAUUCUACGGUACCUUGCUGCUGCUGAUUCAGAAAGGGUAUCCUCUUCAUAUCAUCGCAUCAUCGGCUCGUUUUGCAAGUGCUGCCCUUCGGACUUUCUGCUCAACUUGUCCAACUCUUCCCUCGAUUUCCGCCCAUAAAUCUCCAGACUGAAGAAUAUUGAUCGCGUACCAUUGUUGAAUUGCGGUAGCGCUUCUUUCUCUCAAUUCUGCCAGUUCUGCGCUUUGAGAGGCUUGCAGUGUACCGAUCUUUGCGAUUCGUGGUUGGAGGUCAAUUAGUUGGGCUGAGAGGCGGGUAGGGGGAAUUGGUGUAUCGACUACGGACGUUAAUCGUGAGGCGGUUGAUGGAUACGAGCUAGCAGAUGCGAGAAUGAUUGAGAGGAGACUGGAGGUAUCGAGUGUGGUGGGAACUUCAUUGGGAGAUAUUUGUUGGAAUAAAUCGGGGUGUUUGGAAUCUGGAGAGUUAAGUUUCUGCCGUGAAGAUACACUUGUUUUUAGGUACAUACGAAGCUUUAGAAGAUCUUGAAUGACUUUUGAUUUGGAUGCUAGUUGGUGAAGAGAUUGCUCCAAAUCUGACAUGCGUUUGGUGGCAGAAUCCUUUUGGGUUUCCAGUGUAGCUUGAUCAAUAUGACCGCACACCGCAUAUUCGAUUCUGCGAAGCCUGGCUUCUAGAAGAUCAAUUGUCUCUGUAGCCGUUUUGUCGAAAGAGUUCUCCAUGAUGACUGGUAUCGCGAUAAUCACACCCCAACGAAAAUAGAGACCGUGGUUGCUGGUUCUUGAGAUCUUGAUAGCGGCUUGAUAACAACGGUCUUUCCGUCAGCCUUGUGCAGCACCUGGCGGUAAUGUCCUCCGCUUGGCAUUCGCGCCAAGUGUUCCAUCGAGGUUCACCCUGCCGCCGUAACUCGUACCUACGUGCCGGUGGUCUUCGGGUUCUAUUUCGUAAACUGGACGGUUCAUCCUCAACAACACAUGAAACUGUCGCUUUCUCGCCAUCAAAGAUAAUAGAGAAUCGUCUCCAAAACUCGGAAAUCUUUGGAUUUCUACUACCCUCCUCGCGUCGGCACUCUGAAGGGCAUUCCGCAGAAUGACCGAGGACCAACAUUCAGCGCCGCAUUUCGCAUUCUAACAUCUGUUCACGAGGAGAAAUUUCCUAUUAUAAACGUCCAUCACUCAAAAGUUGUCGCAAGCGAUAUCUCGAGAAACUUCCGGCUGAAGACCCUCCAUCGAACCUGCGAUUGAGCUUAAGCACGGAUUGGAAGCAUAAUACCGGUAUUGGAAGUCCGGGGAAAUGGCAUCAUACUCGUCAGUUGGCGGUGCUAGUGGGAACUCAUCAGAUGCAGGUAGCAGAGGGAGAAGGUUAGCAAAGACAAUCCUCAGCAUAUGUGGAUAUGGAACUGAUUCAUGAAUUGCAGAAGGCGAUCGAGUCGCUCUGCGAAGGAUUUGAAUUUUACCGGCCAGGCUUCUUGGUUUAGCAGCAAUGUUAACCUCGUCAACACCAGUAUGUUCUCAAGAAGCUAUUGCAAUCAGUCAAGGUCUAACUAUAUUUCACAGUCAUUGGAGCCGGGACAUUGGCAAUGCCUGUAAGUUAUAUGGAAUCAAGCUGAAAAUAGCAAAUGACGCAAGACUGAUCCAUGACGUUUAGCUUGCAAUGUCGCAUUUCGGUAUCCUCCUCGGAACAUUUGUUAUAAUAUGGUCAGGAAUGACGGCUGCCUUUGGGUUAUAUUUACAAACUCGAUGCGCUCGAUAUCUGGAAAGGGGAACAUCCUCCUUUUUCGCCCUCUCGCAGAUUACCUACCCAAAUGCUGCUGUGAUAUUCGAUGCAGCGAUCGCGAUCAAGUGCUUUGGGGUGGGUGUAAGCUAUCUAAUUAUCAUUGGAGACCUUAUGCCAGGAGUUGUGAGAGGGUUCAAUCCAGGGGCUGAUGCUGUCCCCUUUCUCGUUGAUAGACAUUUCUGGGUCACAGUAUUCAUGUUUGUACCUCCAUUCCACGCGACGUGAGAAAUAACUGACAUGUGACACAGGCUUGUUGUGAUACCACUUUCUUUUCUCCGACGCCUAGAUUCCCUCAAGUACACCAGUAUUAUUGCAUUGAUAUCCAUUGGAUAUUUGGUUGUACUUGUUGUUUUUCACUUUGUGAAGGGAGAUACCAAAACAGACCGGGGCGAUAUUAGAGUAAUUGCCUGGGGCGGACUUAUUCCCGCGCUCAAAAGUUUCCCGGUCAUUGUGUUUGCGUAUACAUGCCAUCAGAAUGUAGGAUUUAUAUUUUUGAACAUUUUAGGCCUUUCACUGACCCCUGCAGAUGUUUUCCAUUCUGAAUGAGAUUAAAGAUAAUUCUCAUAGACAGUAAGUUCUUCCAACGAAUUUUUCCCAGAUUAUGCUCACCAUCGGUUCUAGAACUACUAGUGUAAUUGCUGCUAGUAUUGGCUCCGCUGCCUCAGUCUAUGUUCUUGUUGCCAUCACUGGUUAUUUGUCAUUUGGUAACAAGGUUAUUGGUAACAUUGUUGGGAUGUGUAAGUUGGCUCUGUUCAGUAUUCUAUUGACUGCUCUAACAUAUAACCAGACGUCCCAUCAAUUGCUUCUACAAUAGCAAAGGCUGCUAUUGUAAUUCUGGUGAUGUUCUCAUACCCGCUUCAAGUCCAUCCAUGCAGAGCAUCAGUAGAUGCCGUCUUGAAAUGGCGACCAAAUAACUUGACAAAACCAAGAAACUCACCCAGCUCUUCCCCAGCAAGAGCAAUUCCCCUACUCGGCGGAAGUGGAGCCCAACCCGUCGCAAGAAACGACACAAUUGGCGAGCUAAGAUUCGCCAUCAUAACUACAGCAAUCAUAAUCCUAAGUUACACAGCAGCCAUGACUGUAUCAUCGCUUGAUAAAGUUCUUGCUUACGUUGGAAGUACAGGCAGUACUAGUAUCAGCUUCAUCCUCCCCGGAUUAUUCUAUUACAAAAUCUCGUCCCCUGAAUCAUUGCAUCAUCAACGUCUAUCCAAAGACGACGAUGAAGGGGAUAGCGGGGAUGAAGAAGAAGAGGGGAAUAGUGGUAGAACUGGCUUUGGAUCCAGUCAAUGGCGUCAAGCUCUCCUCCGAAAGAUGUCACUUGCUCUGGCUAUUUAUGGGCUCUUUGUGAUGAUUUUAUGUCUAGGGACUAACUUGUUUGCUGGAGCAGCGGGACAUUAAAUGUAUACCUUCUCUUUUCUUUUUCUUUGCCUUCUCUUCUUGCAUUGGGUAGCUCUCCGGGGCGAGGUUCGAUUAUGCAUUUGGGAUGGGCGUUCAGAGAGCUCUGAUCUUGAUUAUUCUUGUUUCCCUUUAUAAAUUCAUUAAUGAGAUACGAUGGUAUGCGGAUGUAUGUGCACUGGUUACAUUGGGAGGAUGAGGAGAUUGUUAGAGAGUGGAUGUACCAGCGCAGGAGAUAGAUUUGUCGUAGCAUCUUAGAUAUUUCGGUGUAGGUAUGAUGAUAUAUAAAUCUAGUGUUUUAUAUUUAAA